AUGGCUCAGGACCGUGUUACCCACCGAACUCUUCUUAGAGGUCCCAGUGUAGGAGGUAUGUACUCGCUCAGUGCACCAUCUCCGGUUGCUCUAUUGUCUGCUAAAACAUCAGCUCAGGUGGAGUCUAUCUUGGAGCAACUCUCCUCGACAUUCAAAAUCCAGGACCUAGUGUUGUUAUCCCAACGGCAGUAUAUGACUGAACUCCUCCGCAAAGUAGGGAUGGAAUCUUGCAAACCGUUAUCUACUCCGAUGACCACGGCAACGACACAUAGCGAUGCUGACUCGUCACUGUUGGAUGAUCCCACACUCUAUCGCCAACUUGUUGGCUCCCUGAUGUAUUUACUAAUCACUAUGCCGGAUUUAUCAUUUGUUGUCAACCGAUUGUGCCAGUUCAUGCAUAAUCCUACGCAGGAUAAUUGGGCUGCCCUAAAGCGCGUUUUGCGGUACAUCAAAGGCUCGCUUUCACUGGGGCUUCGCCUAGCGGCUUCGGUGUCUCUUGUGGUUCACGCUUUUUCAGACUCAGAUUGA